AUGGAGGCAGUACAAAAGUCGCUCGAGCAAGUCGCAAAGCGGGCUCCGGGCUUGCACUCCAACUCGGCAUCCGCGAAAGCAGCAGCCACCACCCCUUCCGUCCAUGACUCGAUCGACCGGCUCAUCGCACAAGUCGAAGCAGCCAAAGCCGCGCUCUCCGCAUCAUCAUCCUCAUCAGCACCCAAUCCAGCUGUGCUUGUAGCAGAGCUCAAGUCUUCGGUGGAAUCAGCACAAAAGUCCAUCCUCGACCGUCAGAAGGAGUUCCACGCUGCGCUCUCAAAAUCCACAAAGGCGCUCGACAAGAAGUUCCCCAUCCCCAUCGAUGGCGUCGCGGACCCUGCGCUCUUUUCAUCGCCAGAAGCGCAGACUGCGCUCGAGAGGGUCAUCUUCAAUCACCUGCAGAGAAACGGCGACUGGUCGACGAGCUACAAGUUUGCAGCAGAGGCCAAGCUACCACUCUCGCCAGAGACGGAAGCGCUGUACGUGCAGCUGCACAAUGUGGUAGCUGCCAUGGCGAGAGGUGACCUACGGCCCGCGAUAGCAUGGGCCGAAACAGAGAGAGCCUGGUUGCAGUCGAGAAAGAGUGGGUUGGAGUUCGCACUGCACCGAAGUCAGUUCAUCCGCAUCGCAGCGGGAGCUAUCCUGCCGGACAGCGACGAUGCUUUGACGAACCGAGAUCCGGAUGGAGAGAAUGUCGAGAUGAUGAGUGCUUCCAUCGAUCAGCUCCAUCCCGCAUCGACCAUGACAAACACAGCCGUCGCUGCAGCCGGAUCAGCGCUUGCCCCACCACAAACCAACAAAGAGAGAGCGCUUGCCUACGGCAGGGAGCACUUUAAGCCGUUCUGUGCCAGCCACCUCCCCGAAAUCGCGCGUCUUUAUACGCUGCUCACUUUCCUACCCGACUUCAUCCCUGCGCCCGCUUACGGACCGGAAGGCCUUGACUCGGUUCCCGUCGAGCACCUCCUGCCCACUGUCCUCCCCAUCUAUCGCCCGCUUCUGGACGCCAACCUCGUCCAUGCACCUCUCCUCGAGCCGCUGUUCAAGCUCGAGUUCUGCGCGCGCAAUCGCAUUCCCAAAGACGCGCCGCUCUCGAUCGGCGUCGAGGUCGGCGCCGGUGGCGCUCUCAACAAGAUCAUCAAAGUAAAAGCGGUCAUGAAGGAACGCGGGAACGAGUGGUCCCAAGCCGACGAACUACCCAUCGAGAUUCCGCUGCCGACCAAGCUGCGCUUCCACUCGAUCUUUGCCUGUCCGGUCAGCAAGGAGCAGGGCACCGAGCAGAACCCGCCCAUGAUGCUGGCGUGCGGACACGUGUUGUGUUUGGAAACGUUGAACAGGUUGGCCAAGGGGAAUGGCAGGUUCAAGUGCCCCUAUUGCCCUACGGAGAGCUAUCUGCACCAGGCAAUUCGGGUUUACUUUUAG